CUCCUCUCCUCUCUCUGCCCUCCAUGUGUCACCUGCCUCCAUAUCGCAGUCACAGCUCUGGUUGUUUUCCGGACUUUCCACAGCUCUUCCGCUCAACAGAGUCGUGUCCUCGGGCCGUGUUCCCUCACCUCGCACCGACCUCAGCUCCCCGUGUGUUAAACUUCUCGUCAAACCCUGUGGGCGACUUUGUAAGGAUGACUUCGGCUGCUUCUGUGCUGCUGCUGCUGCUGGCUGUAAUGAGCGCCGGGACGCUCGUUCAAGUGUGGGGUACAGAUAGAGUGACUGCUUUGUAUGGAGAGACCAUUGUUAUACCAUGCAACGAUGGAGCUGCGGUACCAGAGGAUCUCAUGUUCAUCAAGUGGAAAUAUGUAAGUAAGACACUUGAUGAGUUUAACUGCCAGUGCAAAUCUGAAACCUAUUUCUCUGCAUUUGUGUUUCCAGAGAAACCCUCAUCCGUUCAGAUUAUGGACAAGGCUGAAGUACUUCAGAGGGACAAAACAACAACGGUGGGAACAUGUGUGGCGACAGAUGCGAACCCUGCAGCUAUGAUUACAUGGAAAAAGAAUGGACAGCCCUUGGUAGCUGAUGGGAAAGCCACUGUUAUCACACCGAGCAUGAAGCUGGAUCCAGCCACAGGCCUUUCCACCACCUCCUCCAUGCUUCAGUAUGUAGCCACCAAGGAGGAUGUUGGCGCAGUGUUUGCCUGUGUGUCCACACAUGAGCUGACCAAUCAAGAGACGGACCUGGAACCUUUCCCCAUCCACUACCCAUCAGAGAAGGUUAGCCUCCAAAUUAUGUCCAAGAGGCCCAUUGUAGAAGGAGAUAAUGUGACGCUGAAGUGUCACGCUGAUGGCAACCCUCCACCCAGCUCCUUCUUCUUCCAUAUCAAGGGCAAGAAAAUACUGGUGGAAAAUUCGGACACCUACAUUUUGUCUGACAUCAGCAGAGAGGCUAAAGGUGAUUACCAAUGCUCCCUGACUGACAAUGAGAAACUGGAGGCCUCCCAAAGCAUCGAUGUUGGCUACCUUGACCUGAGUCUGAGUCCCACUGGAAAGGUUAUGAAGAGAGUAGGGGACACCUUGUCUGUGAAGAUGGAGAAGAGCAACUCAGGGGAUGCCAAAGUGUCUUGGACAAAGAAUGGAAAGACAGUGAAAGAGCCGGAGUUUAACAAGUUGACCUAUGCUGAUGCAGGAGUGUACUUAUGUGAGGUUUCCAUGAGCGGCCUCACACGACGUCAGAGCUUUGAGCUGGUAGUAGAAGGGAAGCCUGUGAUCACCAGUCUAACCAAACACCGUGCUGAUGAUGCCGAACACAAAGUUCUGACCUGCGAGGCUGAGGGAGUACCAGAACCCAGCUUCCAAUGGAAUGUCAAUAACACCAACGAGGAGAGCGUUUAUAUCGAUGGCAAGGCCACCCAUAAAAUCACUGUGAUCCCAAAGGUGAACCUGACUGUCAGCUGCACUGUCAGCAACAAGCUGGGAUUUAACGUCAUGACCAUCAAUGUUUCCUCUGUUUUUAAGGAGGACAGGGAAGAUAAAGCCCCUCAGGAGGAUUCAGACGACCAAGCAAAGCUCAUAGUGGGUGUUGUAGCAGGGCUCCUCAUAGCUGCUGCAGUAGUUGGACUCAUCUACUGGCUCUACGUGAAGAAUUCAAGGCAAGGAAGCUGGAAAACUGGUGAGAAGGAGCUGGGGACCUCUGAGGAGAACAAGAAACUAGAGGAAAACAAUCACAACGUUUAAAAGAUGCUCAGUCUGUACUUUGUGGGAUGAAAGAAAAGCAGUUGAAAGCAGUCCUGUGUCAUCAAAACAGCCUCCCAGUUGCUGAACUGUCCAUCAGGCUCCACAUAAGCAGCAACAAUCAGAGUCAUUUUCCACCAGGUCCUGCUGUCCCACCUCGCUGUUUGAAGGCUGCCUCGUGUUAAAGUGUCCUUUUGCUUUUUUUGUGUUCCUGGUGAAUGCUCUGUGUUUUUGUUUGAGCAAUUCCACAAGACUAUAGAGUGAUGGGUUUUGCCACUUCAUUUUUCCUCUUCAAAGAAUGUUAAUUCCUUGUACACUUUUUAAGGCACGUAUAUAACAAAUCCUAAUUAUGUGUGUGCCCUGGCUGAGCAUCCCAAUGUUUAUUUUUGAUUUCUCCUUUUAAUUUUUUGUGCGCCGUGUGUGUAAAAGCCUUUGACUAUGCUGAGAGGAAAAGACACUUCACUGCUGUAUAUACCCAAAGAAACAGUCAUUAAACCUUUUAGAAAAUACCAUCAGCAUCUCUCAACCUCCUGAAUUAUGUUCUCUGGGCUUUAAACACUGGAAAAGUAAUUGAUUGAAUAUUUAGAUAACAACAGAUGUAGUCAUAUUAAAUAUGGAAUCUUAUGUACUGUGAUUCAUUUCUAUACAUGCAGUAACUGUUCCAAAAAUGAAACAAUCAUUUUAAUUAUUUCAUUUGUGAAUAUGUAAAUUGAAUGUCGGUCAAUGGGGCAUUGUGACGCAUUAGUUCUCUUUGACAGAAAGACAUUUUUCCUCUUCAGCUGUUUUCACUUUUUGUUAGUCUCAAGAUGGACAUUUUAAUACCUCUAUGUUGCAAACAAUUUGAUGUGAAAAAGCAAAAUGCAUUGAGAAGUCAAUAAGUCAUCAGGAAAGCACAACUUCUAAGAACUGCAAAGUGAUGUUCUGCUAUAAACGUUUUUUUAGAGUUGAUGCUAAAUGUGUGAUUUAGUUGAACACACUACAUUGUUGUCUUCACCUGUCUUCCCAACAGGCUGAGACUUUGUUUGUUAUUGUUUUUUUUCAUGUUUUCCUUUUGAUGCCAGGUCUGAAUGUUCUUUUUGGUUUUUAUGUUGUUUUGUGUGUGUUUUUGGUGUAUUUAUAUUCUGCAUGUAACCUACCUGGAUGGCUAUGCUGCAGCAUGCACAAUAUCUUUUUUUUAAACCUGCAAGGAAGGCGUCAAGUGUUGAAAACAUACUGAGCGGUAGGAUCAUUAGAGUGAAUAAGGACUCGUGGUAUCUUUCCUCAUUCUCUGCUGUAAUGUUGUCAUUUUUAUGUUAUUUUUGCUAAGUGGCGUGAAGGAUAAGCCAAACUGAAGACAGAUUAGAUGAGGUACAAAAAAUCAUGGCUCCCUGGGUUUACAUCAUUCUGCUCUGGUUCAUCGCACAAGCAGCACGGCGACCGAAAAACUGUUGGUUUGACAGGAGUCAUAAAUGUUUCUAUUUAUGGUUAAGAAUUUACUUUGUACACAACAUUUGAGUUUGUAACAUUUAAAUUUGAUGAAUGCAUUUGAAUGUUUGAGUCAUAUUCUGUUAAAUCACUUGAGAAUACGAGUAGACCCAGAUUAUGUUAUUGAGUCAUCAUCUGGUUCAAAUGUCCUUGUGGGAAUUACCUGUUGGAUACAUGGACAGGCUUUGUAUCAGCUGACAUUGUGACAUUAGUACAUCUCUAGGUCUCUGGGAUGGUAAUUUCCAAACCGGAGCAAAGAGAUUGCAUUCUGUUCUUUUACCUUUUUUGGCAAGGAAAACAGUUUGUAUUAUGAGGUUGUGGUUAAACUGCAUGACAUGAAAGCAGUGGGUCAUUUUUAGGCACCUAGUCAAUUGUUCUUUUUUGUUCCUUUUCAAAUAAUCAGGUCAGCAGUCAAACCAAAGAGGGUACAAUGAGAAGGCCAUAGCAGAGUUGUAAAUACACCCUUUUGUUUUUUGUACUGUUGUCGACAAUAAAGUGUACAUUUUGAAAAAAUAAAAAAAACAAUCCAGG